GUAUUCUGCAGUCGUUUUGGCUUGGUUUGGUCGCAGUCCGCAGUCUCUACUAGCGGUCGAAGCCCUUGUUUACGCUCUUCCCAAAUCCUCUCCUCUUCCAAACCCUAGUUGCAUAUAUCGUCGUCCUACGAAUUCGUGGUAGAAGAUGUCGGGUGCUGCGUUAGACAUGACUCUCGAUGAUUUAAUCAAGAGUAACAAGACGUCUACGGGAGCGCGAGGCAGAGGCCGCGCCGCCGGGCCUGGACCAGCACGUCGCCAGCCUAAUAGAUCCGCCAAUCGUAUCGGUCCAUAUUCCGUCCCCAAGGCACCGGAAUCGGCAUGGGGUCAUGAUAUGUUCGCCGCGGGAAGUCGAGCUCCGAGCAUUGAGACUGGAACAAAGCUGUACAUCUCCAAUUUGGAUUAUGGGGUGUCUAAUGAGGAUAUUAAGGAGCUCUUUGCAGAGGUUGGUGACCUAAAAAGGUAUGGUGUAAACUAUGAUAGGAGUGGCCGAUCUAAGGGUACCGCUGAAGUUGUCUUUGCACGGAGGCAAGAAGCAUUAGCUGCUGUCAAAAGGUAUAAUAAUGUUCAGCUUGACGGAAAACCAAUGAAGAUAGAGCUUGUUGGGACAAACAUUUCAACUCCUGCUGUUGGUUUGCCAUAUGUUGGUGCUUUCUCUGAACCUAUUUUAGCUCCUCCAAGUGGGCAAGGCCGAGGUGGUUUUGGUAGAUCACGAGGUGGUGGUGGACGAGGUCGUGGUUUUGGAAACAGUCGGGGACGGGGCAGGGGUCGUGGUGUGAAGGUAUCUGCCGAGGAUCUGGAUGCGGAUUUGGACAAGUACCAUUCAGAAGCAAUGCAGACAAAUUGAUUCUGCUAGCUUGUUCAUUCAACUACCCUUUGUUCCUGCAUGUGUUCAAGUUUUGGAAAUGUGGUUUGUAUUCCGACUAACAUUAUAUGUCAUCUGGAGAGGAGAAAGAGCUUCGGUGGAGGUGGGGGGGUGUAGGACUUUGAUUUGGAGGGAGUGCCUUGUUUCAUUGACCAUUCUAAUGGGAUCACAUCUUUCAUAUGGAUUUGAUAGACUUCAUUUAUAGACAUAAGCUUGUAAUAGACUGUGAUGCUGUUACUACCUUAACGUAGAGUGAGGAUUACGUGUCUAGAUCUUUACUAUCCCAACAGCAAAUUAUUGGUACAUGGUUGGCACGACAUGGAGGAGAAUCAAAAUUGAAGUACUUCACUGUGCUCCAGUUUUAAAAAUCAAAGUCUGAAACUUUGGUGGAUUUUUCCAUGGUCUUUUCUUACACUAUCUCGAAGUUCUGAAAAAUCUUCUGAAAUAACUGAUUGGGAAUAUGGUCUGAUGCAUGCCUGAAAUUGCUUCAUACAUGGACUUGGUGCUUGUAAUUUGAGCUGGUGGUGAUUCUGCUUCGUGACUGGGUUAAAGUUCAAGCUGCAAGCAGUACAAGGCCCUUACUGAAUGCUCAAGUUUUGGGAUUCAAUUACAUCCUCUUGCAUUAAUCAUGAAUGAAAAUGUAACCAAGUAUGUAUGUCCCAGUUAAAGUCAGCUGAGCAUGAAGUGAUUUGAACUACGACACGCUUAUUAGAAAAUGUUUGCUGUUUUGUCUAGACGUAUCUUCUGGUUAGAUAUAUAUUAAUUUUAAUAUCA